AUGCGCGCAGGAGGCGCAUCUCGGGCGCUGACGAGAGGGCAGGCGCGGGCGGAGCUCCGGGGCCCUGCGCCCGGCCGGCUGGACCAGGCCUCUGGAGCCUCGCGGGCGGCGGACGAGAGGGCAGGCGCGGGCGGAGCUCCGGCGUCCUGUGCCCGGCCGGCUGGAUCAGGCCUCUGGAGCCUCGCUGUGGCCGUGCGGAGCGACCACGCGCGGGCGGGCGCAACUCGCAACCGGGACCCCCCGCGUCCUAGUCCCGCGCCCCGCCCCUUCGCGCCGCGGGCGCCCGGCCUCAGCGCAAGGGCGGGCGGGGAAGGCGGAGGUCGCCGUCCCGAGCCUCUGGUUGGCUGCCCCCGCUUCCCUUUCCCGUGCGCGGCGGCCAAGUCCAGGCGUGAAGUGACCGAGCUCCGCGAGCAGGCGCUCCUCGCGGGGGCGGCUUCAUCUCCUCGCCUAAGCUCCCGUGGCAGAGCUCAGCCCAGUAUCUAG